GUGUCCUGUGCACGAGUUCACGUGGUUCUGUGGUGGAGUUGUGGUGGCUGUGUUUACGGCACGUGGUUAGCGAGCAGGUAUACAAACUCACUUCUCUGCUGCUGUCGCUUAUGAGCACCUUCAAAGUUUCUGCUGUUAUUUGUGCCCGUCAAGAUCUAGCCUAUCUUUGCACCGUUGACAAGAAUUAACUGCAAGUGCCGAUUGCUGCUGGUUGCCUCUGUCCAAAAUCUGGCCUCACAAAUGCGAUGAGCCUAGCUGAAAGCAUCACUGCCAAAAGGGUACGCCACGCCUCUUCAAAGGUCGUUGGUCAGGUCGAGGUUGGCAUGCAGCACAGCUUGCCUCUGGCUGACAAAUCUGUCGGCUGCUCAUUGAAACCAGGGAGCGAGUCUAGGAGCGUGCAGACUACGGAGGCUGUGGAACAGUUAAGCUCCACCUCAGGCUUCUCAAAUGCGAUGAGCCUAGCUGAAAGCAUCACUGCCAAAACGGCAUGCCAUGCCCCUUCAAAGAUCGGUGGUCAGUUCGAGGUUGGCAUGCAGUGCAGCUUGUCUCUCGCUGACAAGUCUGUUGGGUGCUCGUUCAAACCAGGGAGUGAGUCUAGGAGCGUGCAGACUAUGGAGGCUGUGGAGCAGUUAAGCUCCACCUCAGCAUUGGGGCCUUCAAUUUCUGCGUCAACUACCAAAUUUGACAACUCAAAGCAAGGAUGCCUCCACCGAUGUCAGCUAUGUGACUAUGUGGCUGAUGAGCUAUUUCUUCUGGAAGCACAUGCCAGCAUCCAUACUGGCGAGAAGCCAUUUCAUUGCCCUUCAUGCUCUCGGAGCUUCUCACACAAGUGUUAUCUGAAUGUCCAUUUGCGGACUCACACAGACGAGAAGCCAUUUGACUGCCCUUCAUGCUCUCGGAGCUUCUCACAAAAGCCCCACCUGAAAGCCCACCUGCGCACCCACACAGGCGAGAAGCCAUUUGACUGCCCUUCAUGCUCUCGGAGCUUCUCAGAAAAGGGCCACAUGAAAGCCCACCUGCGCACCCACACAGGCGAGAAGCCAUUUGACUGCCCUUCAUGCUCUCGGAGCUUCUCAGGAAAGCACCACCUGAAAGCCCACCUGCGCACCCACACAGGCGAGAAGCCAUUUCACUGCCCUUCAUGCUCUCGGAGCUUCUCAGAAAAGCACCACCUGAAAGGCCACUUGCGCACCCACACGGGCGAGAAGCCAUUUGACUGCCCUUCAUGCUCUCGGAGCUUCUCAGAAAAGGGCCGCCUGAAAGCCCACCUGCGCACCCACACAGGCGAGAAGCCAUAUCAGUGCCCUUCAUGCUCUCGGGGCUUCUCACAAAAAAAAGACAUGAAAAUCCACCUGCGGACUCACACAGGCGAGAAGCCAUUUGACUGCCCUUCAUGCUCUCAGAGCUUCUCACGAAAGCCCCACCUGAAAGACCACCUGCGCACCCACACAGGCGAGAAGCCAUUUGGCUGCCCUUCAUGCACUCGGAGCUUCUCACAAAAGCCCAAGCUGAAAGCCCACAUGCGCACCCACACAGGCGAGAAGCCAUUUGACUGCCCUUCGUGCUCUCAGAGCUUCUCACGAAAUGACAGCCUGAAAGCCCACCUGCGCACCCACACAGGCGAGAAGCCAUUUGACUGCCCUUAAUGCACUCGGAGCUUCUCACAAAAGGGCCACCUGAAAGCCCACCUGCGCACCCACACAGGCGAGAAGCCAUAUCAGUGCCCUUCAUGCUCUCGGAGAUUUUCACGAAAGGGCAACCUUAGGAAACACAUGAGGCGAGAAGCCACUUCAUUGCCCACUCUGCCUUCAGUGAUUCUCGUUGAAGAAUGCUCUGAAGAUACGCCGGUGCAUUCAUACAAGUGACCGGCCAUAUAGUUGCAUUGCCUGCUUCAGGUCCUCAUCACUUGAACAGACUUGGAGAGCACAGCACAAUGAUUCAAUUCAAUUCACUUUAUUUUCAACACCACAAUGUUGAGGACCGCGAACAAAAAGCCUUUUAUGGCUUGACAAGGUCCGCAGCCCUUUUUAACAAGCAGUGACAGAGCAUAGCGUUAGGUAUUACAUAUUAAGCUAGAAUUGCCUAAGUCCCAAUAACACGAAUGUCAGACAUAAUGCAUAUACAUAAUAUAUACAUACAUAUAUGUGUAAAAUGAAUUCAAGUGAAACAGAAUGUAUACUCACGUACAAUUGAAACCGAAAGAAUUAACGCUAAUUACUAAUGCACAUUAUACAUAUAUGAAAACAAAUGUGUCACACAAAACAUACUGCAAUGCACAAUUCGGCAAAUAAUCUGUUACAAAAACAA